AUGCUAUCUCGUGUGUCGCUGCACAUCAACUUGUUCACAAAAUACAACACAACACACAAUCCACUCAGACUUCCUGGCGAUGUUCUUGUGGUGUCGACUGCAAACAUCCCAUCGUGUGUGGUUGGUGGUAUCAUCUAUGGCUAUAUCGGCGCUCUCUUCGACACCAACAAACGGACCAUCGAGCGGUGGGUUUCUGCGCCACUUGGCACAACACUUCUCUUCACAACAACAACAUUCAUCCAAGACUUUCUCUUCAACGCGUCACUUGCAACACUGCCAUCCCCUCUUACCACCUCACUCCCUCACAAAUUCGCACUUCGCAGUGUAGCAGCCGCGUCUUCCGCAAUCAUCCCAAACUCGACACACAACACAAAUGUCAUUGCGUGGAACUCUCUCUUCCAAAUUGGUUCCAAUGCGGUCUUUGUCUUAAUUGACCACUUCGUACGUUUUAAUAUCAUUUCUUAA